GCAUAUAUUUCCACAUAGUCCUCACUUGUCUCUUUCUCCUCCUCUCUAAACCUGUAUUUCCUGUACCACUUUGUUAAGAAGUCUUAGACAAGUACUGUCAGCACAUGUCUGUGAGAAACCAUGGAGGACAGUACAGAAGACAUCGAGUCUCUGAUUGAAGGAAUGGCCUACAUCCCUGGCCACUUCCAUUUAGAGCUACAUCUCAAUGGUGAGCCCAGCGGACCAGCUGCCCUUCGGCAACGAGACACCAAGCUCAAGAGCGAGAGCCUCAGGGCUGAGCUUGAAGCUGAGACGGGACGACUGCAGUAUGCUGUGCGCAAUAUUCUAGGCUUGUUGGCCUUCCAUAUGGACGAACUGGAGACAGCAGAAGAGGUAUUUAACAGCAUCUGCCAAGAGGAUCCUGAAAACCUCAAUGCCUGGGCCAACCUGGGUUAUGUAUAUGAACGGUUGGGUCGUGAGCUGAAGGAGGGAGAGUGCAUGGAACGUGUUGCUGCCCUCAUGGGCCCAGAGAUGGGGGAGAGCCAAACAGAAACCAGGCUAAGGGUGGCACGGUGCUUGGCCGAGCAGGCAUACGCCCACCCUCAUGAUGUGGAGCUGGAGAGAGAUGAAGAUUUAAGGGAGACACUGACAGCUGCGCUGAUGUUAUACAACCGUGCACUUGAUUAUGGAGGGGAACUGAUACCCAUAGAGGAAAAGAGAAGUUGGUAUUUCAAAAUGGCAACAAUUUACAUAAGGUUAGAUGGUAUUGUGAGGGAUUCAAAGGACACUGAAUACACAAGACUUACUUAUUUCAACAAGGGCCUCAAGCUUCUCACAGAGACUCUAAAAUCUGACCACACAUACCUCAAAGCCCUUGCCUGGUGUUAUGUCGGUCUCAUGCUGGAGCGAAUGGAGGAGUUCUCCACUGUACCGAUGGCAGUUCAUGACUGUGGUUUCUCUGGAUCUGACCCUUUGACAUGUUACGGAUCGGCCAUCAAGCUCGCCACAGAUGAUGCAUUCAUUCUUAACAGAUUAGCAAGCAUGUUCUUCCUGUCAGGCAAAAUGGAGAUGGCCACGGGUAUCUGUAACAUGGCACUGAGUGUCCUGCCUGAUGCUGAACUCAACUGGCAGGCAUAUUGCACUCGUGCCAAGCUAAGUGUCACAACGUAUGCCAAGAACCUGGAUAAAGCUAAGUUCGGCCAAGGUUGUAUUCCCGAUCGUCAGAUUCUGAAAGAGGCCCGUGCUGACCUGGAACGUGUUCUGGCGGUCCGACCUUGUUUGAGAACUCAUUUAGAGAUGGGUCAGGUCUACUACUACAUGGGUGUGGACGCCCUGCAGGAGAGCCUGUUGGUUGAUGAGAUGGCGAUUAACCAAGCCCUGGUCAGUCUAUCUAAAGCUCUGCAGUGUCCUCUAGGCUCUACAAUCCCUAAAUUACAGGUCCUUCGUGGCCGCUGCCUGCUGCUGAAAGGAGAGGAGCAGAAUGCUAUUGAAUGUUUUAGGCAAGCUCUUGAACUGGAAUAUCCCAGUGUCCAAGACACAGUGACCCUACAAUGCCUGCUACAGGCUCUUCUAGUGAGCUUCACUCAGAGUGGGACGGAAACAGGCCAUGCUAUUACCCAAUUAGAGGAAUGUUUAAAGCAGGCAGAGAAGAGAUAUGGGCCGAACAUAGUUCAGACUGAGUUGAAAGUACUGUGUCGAGCACACACGGAUGAGGUGACUGAGCUGUCUAAAGAUCUGGUGAAGAAGGGGAGGCUGGAGGUGGUUAAAAGGUUGCUGCAGAGCAUACAGCCACAGGGGAAGAGGAUGGCACUGGGCAGGUCCCUGUCCAUAUGAGCUAUCCCUUUAAGACUUUAAUUAACAAUACUCUGGAUUGUCAUUUCAAACUAAAGUUUUUCUCAUUUUUGGUAAUGCUGAGUGUGAUGGACAAGAUUUUUUCUUACUAAAAAAAAUGUUACUGUUAGGCUUCCAAAAAACUUAUGGAAUGUUGUCUCCAUGUCAACUCUUCCAUCCAGCACAUGCCAGAAAGCUUGAUGUGCCAGUUUAAAGUUUGAGAUGUGACCCAUUAUUUAUUGAAACUAUAGGGUAACUCAAUUUGAUGAAUACAAUAUAGUUUCUUUAUUGUAAAUUGUUACAUGUGGAUGAGUAAACCUCAGUGAAUGAGGCACUGCACAGUUGUAUCCUUAUCACGGAAACUAAAUCAGACAAACAUGAGUUAAUGUACAAUCUAAAAGGCACCAGAAUUUUUCGAACUGAUUUAUUUAUUCAUUCAUACUGGAAACCUUUUUUUUUUUUUUUUUUUUUUUUAAAGAGCUGAGAGUAUUUUAAAGCAUGUAUUUCAAAUGAUACAAUGUCAGUUAAACACUAAAAUAUCUGUAUUAAACACUGAUGUGAUGAUAAUUAUGGAACUGUGAAAAAUUAUUAAAUAACAUUCUAGUAUUUUCAAUCUCCUUCAACUGAGAAUACCAUACAUUUUGGGUCUGCUGUUAGGCUUCAUAAAAUCUUAAUAUGUGGGACAAGUUUUCAAACAUUAACUCUACUGCAAACAGAAUUAGAACCACUUCAAAUUUGGGAUGGUAAGCAGAAAUGUCCUUUAUAGCUGGAGGAAGAUUUGUGACCAAUAAUGUCCAUUUAAAGGGAUAGUUCACCCAAAAAUGAAAAUUCUCUCAUCAUUUACUUACCUUCAUGCUAUCCCAGAUGUGUUUGACUUUCUUUCUUA